AUGAUCUGUGUGCGCCAAUUAAAUAAGUUAUACAGUACGGUGGUGGGUAGCAACAGCCUAAAGCAAACUCCCAGCCGAUUUUCGUUUCCGGAGCGUUUCCGUGGUACGAUUGUCGAACGUUGGAAACAGUACUGGGAGAGUGUGGCGAAAGAUUAUUACGAGGCGACAGUGGGCAUCGGAACGUAUGCGAAGGCGAACCCGAUGAAAAGCUCUCUAGCCGUGGUAACUGCUAGUUGUGCAUAUUACUGCGCAUCGACCAACCCAGACGAACACAGCUACAGAUCGGAAAUCCUCGAUUGCGCCAACACCAUGCUGUACAUUUCACCAGCUGUCCGGAACCCAUCUACAGUCAAACAUUUAGAAUAUAUAGAAAAAUGCUAUAAUUUGGGAGUCGUGAAAAGACUGAAUCUGCUUUUGUUUUCAGUCAUCUGGAUUGACGAGUUUAAUGACGACAUACAGGCGUACAAAGCAAACUGUAAAUAUUUAAAGCCUUCAGUAUUAUCAGUACAUCAGCGUGCUGUAGAUAUAGGCUUUUUAAAUGUUUGGUGGAGCCUUAAAAAAAUAAUGGUCGAUUAUGAUGUGAACCCUGAAGAAUGGAAAGAUUACAAAGAACCAGAAUAA